ACCGUGGGGGUGACGUCAACAGCUACGCUGACGUCAGGCAGAGGCCUACCGGACGUCGCGGUGGGUGUCCCCCCCCUACGCUGAUGAGGGCGCUCUGUCCUGCCUGGAGUCGGCCCUGCUGGCUGAGGCGGCUGCUCGGUAGUGUGUGAGCUUCUUCCUGUGACGGGAUCCGGGCAGGAGGCGGCUCCCCGGGGGGACCCGAGACGUUGAACCCGGUGAUUGGCUGGAGCGGGUCCCUUAGCUGUGAGUUCACAGGACGCAGUUUAUUAUGGAAGAAGUCUCUAAGAAAAGCAACAGUACAGAGACUAUCCAGACCAUUUCCUUCUCAGCCUUCCAAGCUGCCCAACUUGCUCAACAGAUGUCUCUAAGAGGCACAGCUCCCGUGACUGUUGUUCUUCCUGGGGAUCAACAAGUCCAAGUUCAGGGUGUAAUUCAGUCAGCACAGUCAUCGGUCAUUCAUUCUCCUCAGGUUGCUCCGUCAACGGCUUCUUCAAUAUCAGAAAGUGAGGACUCUCAGGAUUCGUGUGACAGUAUUGACACCCCCAGGAAAACCCGCAUUUUAUCUCAUCGGCUGUCAUAUGGGCAAAUUUUAAAAGAUCUCUCUUCUGAAGACACUGAAGAUAGACGUGAAGACGAAGGAACAACUGUUGCACAAAUGUCUGCUGCCACUACAAUAUAUCAGACCAGCUCUGGACAGUAUGUCACUAUUGCUCCCAAUGGAACGCUCCAGCUUGCUGCGACAGAUGGAGUACAAGGGUUGCAGACAUUAAUGUCCAAUGCUGGCAGUAACCAGGGUGGUACAACUAUACUACAGUAUGCCCAGACAUCUGAUGGCCAACAGAUUCUUGUUCCAAGCAACCAGGUGGUUGUACAGACUGCUUCGGGAGACAUGCAAGCUUACCAGAUACGGACCACAUCAACCACCACCUCCCUUCCACAAACUGUGGUAAUGACUUCUCCUGUUACACUGUCUUGUCAAACUCCAAAGAGCGAUGACCCACAGCUAAAGCGAGAAAUAAGAUUAAUGAAAAACAGGGAGGCUGCCCGAGAGUGCCGGAGGAAAAAGAAGGAAUAUGUUAAAUGCUUGGAGAACAGAGUUGCAGUGCUUGAAAAUCAAAACAAAACAUUAAUUGAAGAGCUAAAGACUUUAAAAGAUUUGUACUGUCACAAAACAGUUUAAUCUUUUUGUUAGUUUAUCUACCUUUUUAGAUGAGUUUUUCUUUUAUACCAAAAUUUUCUAAAUUUUACAUGAGGCCACAGGUAAAGCCUUUUUUUUCUAUUUAGUCUUCAAACUUUUAAAGAGGCGGCGUAUUGAGAUUGGCCACCAUGUGCUAAUCAUGGAAUAUUUGAUUGUCAAAGGUUAAAUAAAAAAAAAAUAUAUAUAUAUAUUAAAAAGAACUUUAGUUGGUCAUUAGAGAAGAGUAAUUUAUGAAAUGUGUGUUAGACAUCGGUCUCAAAUGAUAUGAAUUAGACUCGGCAACCUAUGGCUGUCUGACUUUGUAAACCAAGUCUGAGCCAGCAGUAUGCUGGGAUUUUUAGUACACCAGAUGGAGAGCCAUGACCAGCCCUACUUCUAAGUGUAAUAGAAUUGGUUAAAGUGGACCUAUCGGACAUAUUUUGUCACUCCCCCCCCCCCCCCCCCCCCUUCAAUAUUUACUUGAAGUUGGCACCAUCUGGCCAGAUAAGUUGGGUGAGACUGAGCUGCCAUUUACUGGCACAAAACAUGCUUGCUGUGUUUCUAAGAAAUCUCCAUCCCUCUGGAGGGAUCUUGUUUUGCACCAUAGACCCCCCCAUGUGUUUUUGAAUGAUAAUCCAGUAUAGUGCUGUUAGCAUUUCAUGGGCAGAGUCAAUUAAGAAGAUAUUUGCCGUUGAUGUUCCUCAUGAAAUGUUGGUGUGACUGUAUUGAUGCACUGCAUUUCAGCUUUUACUCAGCCUCUAGUACGAAUGUUAGAUAUUGCAAUUUGACAUGAUAGGUUCUCUUUAAUGUGGUAAAAUAAAGGAUUGACAGAAAGUGGAACAUCUUUUCUCAUGUAACAGUGUUUUUUUUUUUAUUGUAAUUGUAUGUACAUAUUUUACCUCUUUUGGUUAGUCACAGUUUCAGGUUAAGGCUUACUUUUACUAUAAAGUAUAACUUUUACAGUAAAUGCUCAUUUUGGCUGGCAAUAUUGUAAUUAUGUUUGUGGUGUUUACUUUAUGAAGUAUCCAUCAGGGUUUUAAAGGGUAUUUUUGACUAUUACAUUUGUCACCUAACUUAAUAGCCAGAUGGCUCUUAAUUCAUCCAGUUGACCUGUUGCUGGUUACUGGGUGGGAAAGGGUACAUUUUUGAAUUGUGUUCAAAUUUUUUGGCUACCAGGUAUGAUUUACAUUUCUAUAAAUAAAUGUGUGAUUAUUUACUUAA